AUGCAUCUCUAUUUAAUGCGUCAUGCUGAAAGUGAACAAAAUGUGCAUCCCGAAAAUGACUCAGUUAAUUGUUCACUAACUUUAAAUGGUCAAAAACAAGCCGCUUCUCUUUCUGAUUACUACGAUCUUGUUCUCUGUUCUCCUCUGGCACGAUGUCGUCAAACGUUAGAGUAUGCAAAUAUUCAUUAUGAUCAGUUGAUUAUUUGUAAUCUAAUUCGAGAAGUGAUAACGUGUGAAACCGAUCUGUUGUUUGAAAAAGAACAAGAAUAUGAAACUGAUUUCGAUGUUCAAAAACGGAUUCAGCUAUUGAAUAAUUAUCUAAAUGAACUAAAAGAUGAAAAGAAAUAUAAUAGGGUCCUUUUAUUAAGUCAUUCUGAUUUGAUAUGGAAUUUAACAGCAUAUGAAGUCGAUGGAGAACUGUUUGGAAAAUGGUUAAACAAUGCCGAAUUCAAAGCAACAAGCCCCAUUCAUAAAAGUGCAGAUCCAAAUUUGGUAAAUUUAUUUUGUUCAAAAGUUAAUGCAGAUCCGGAAGGCCAUCAAGCAGCUAUUCGGCUUAUAUCGCAUAAAAUACAAUCACCACAAGAACAUGAAGCACUAAGAACUUUAGAACUACUUGAGGUUUGUGUACAAAGUUGCGGACGACGUUUUCAUCAGGAAAUUGGAAAAUUUCGAUUUUUAAAUGAAAUGAUUAAACUUGUAUCCCCUAAAGCAAGUAACCAUACAUCAGAUAAAGUGAAAAAGAAAGUCAUUGAAUUGUUGUAUUCAUGGACACAAGCCCUUCCCACAGAAGUGAAGAUAACAGAAGCUUAUCAGAUGUUAAAAAGACAAAAUAUUGUCACAGAUGACCCAACGUAUGUCGAUAAAUGUAUUCUGACACCACUACCACCACGACAAAAAUCAAUAUUUGAUGAAGAUGUUGAAAAAAGCAAAACAUUACAACGAUUACUAAAAAGUCGAAGACCAGAAGAUUUAGAACAAGCAAAUGCAUUGAUUAAAAAUUUAGUUAAAAAGGAUGAAGAAAAAACGGAGAAAUUAUCAAAUCGUGUAACAGAAUUAGAAAAGAUCAACAAUAACAUACGAGUAUUAACGGAAAUGUUAGUGCAUUAUAAUCACAGCUCGGUCACAGAUGCUGAAAAAGAAACAAUGAAAUAUCUGCACGAUGAAUUAGAAAAAUUACGGCCGGUACUUUAUCGAUUAGCAUCUGAAACCGAAGAUUCUGAUGAUGGACUAGGUGAUAUAUUACUGGCCAGUGAUGCCGUUUCACGUGUUCUUGGUCAAUAUGAACGUCUAGUUACACAAGGAAGUCUACUACAAAAAGACGAUAGUGCAUUACAAUUGGUUGAUGAUAUACCGUUUCUAAAACAGAGUAACACUAGUGGCAGCGCCACUUUUUCGAGUCAACAGCCAAAACCAAAAACUUUGAUCGAUUUUCAUGAAGGGAAUAUCUCAGAUGCAGAAUUAGUGUCACCAUCCUCGUUCGGUUCAUAUGGACCAGGAAAUGAAGGAAAAUCUGAUAUUGAUUCAUCAAAGAGUACAAUGGCUGAAUUAGAUGAACUAUUUUCGUCGAAACCAGCACAAUCAAAUUUUGGUGACUUUACAGACGGUUUAGAUAUAUCAAAAAAACCGUUAAUCGAUCAAAUACUAGCACAUUAUCCAACUAAUACAGUUACAAAACCAAAAUAUAAUGAGCCUUCGCCUUCUCUUUCUUCUACUCAACAACAAAAAAGUACUUCACUAUUAGAUGAACCGAUAUCAUUAACACCAAUAAAAGCAGAUUCGUUGCCAAAAUCUCAGCAAGCUCCUCCACCUUAUCAUGAAGUUGUUUCAAAUCCUUCAAAGACUAAACCUUUACCAUCUACGGGAAAACCAUUCGAUGAUUUACAAGGUUUAUUAGACCAAAAUUUAUUUACACAAGAUGGAAUGCAACAAUGGAAAACAACACCUCAGAAUUUUACUCCAUCUGCUCAAGUAUCUUCGGGCUCGAAAAGAACACCUCUAAAUGAAUUAGCCGCUACUAGUAAACAACAAUCUCCAUUGGCGAGUACUUUAGCUGCAUCGACUAAUGCUGAUUCUUCAUUAGUCGAUGAUAUACUACCGUUGACAAAUGUUCAUGUUCCAUUAGAAACAAUAAAACCAUCCAGUCAUUCUCCUCUCACAUUACUCGAUAAAAGUGAAUAUGGUCUCAAAUGUAUUUUACAUUUUGCACGUGACUCACCACGUGCAGACAUUUUAGUAAGUGUUUUAUCAGUGAUAAGUACAAAUACAACGUAUCAAAUUAAACAAUUCAUGUUUCAAGCAGCUGUACCAAAGACUAUGCGUGUUAAAUUACAAACUCCAUCUGGUUCAGAUUUACCUGUGUAUAAUCCAAUAUUACCACCAGCUGCCAUCACACAAGUGAUGUUGAUUGCUAACCCAAAAAAAGAUAAAAUUCGUUUACGAUAUAAAAUAUCUUAUCAGCUUAAUGAUGAUACACAUGUUGAAUCCGGCGAUUUAGAUCAAUUUCCAUCAAUUGAUUUACUCUAA